UACAUAUUUUUUAUUUCUCCUAAGAAAAAGAAGCAAUAUCUUAAAAACGAGGAAAAGAACACACAAAUACAAAUAUAUAUAUUUUUUAGAAGAUUUAAACCCGUUAAAUAAAGAUACUAUAUAUUAUAUACUAUAUAUAUUUAAGAUUCGAUGGGCAAGGAAGCAGCGACCACGGCCGCAAAAAAUUGCGAGACUCGCGUGCGCACAGUCAGCACGCCACUCAACUUGCCACUAUUUUUAUCAGGAAGAACACGUUUUAGAGAUGACCAGUGGCGCAAGGUGCCCAACUACAUUGAGAAGAAGAAGCAUUUCUACGCAAAGCACUGCAAUGAAGAAAAGCCAGGAGAAACAAGAGCUGAGAAAGAUUUGAAAAAUCUGAUUGGCGUCGACAGCGUACGAUCCGAACGGUGUACCAAUUUGCAUAUAACAAAAAUUUCACGCGAAUUAAGUGAGGAAAAAGCUUGGAAUUUGCCACCGAACAUAUACAACACCAUGUGGCAGCCUUACGAAAGUAAACGCGGUCACCUUGGCUCUUACUGGCGGAAGUUGCCCAGAGAUGUCAGUAAUGUGUUUGACCCGACUUCAGUCGAACUGGCCCGUGCGAACGCUAAAAAAGGGGAAUGGAAGUUCUAUGACUUGCCGACAAAUGCAGAUUUACUCAAUGCGCCGCCGAACAGGCAAAAGGGAGUCUUCUUAACAAAUGCGCGCAACCGACGUGCCACGGCACGUUGCAUGAUCAGCCAACCGUCCUUGGUGUAUCACGAUCCGGCCGAACCCUCGCCAGUGCACUACAAUCCCCGAUUGCAUGAGCUCGCUUAUAACGUAUCGCCACCGAUUUACGAACCCAAGCCGAAAAUUCAUCUAUUUCUGCGCCGUUCAUCUGUGCCCGACAAAUGUUUGCCGCUGAUACGUCGCCACAUAAGCUUCGAGCCGGCGGUGGGGCGCUAUGAAGUGCGCUUCCCGCAUAAUUGUGCCUGUGCGCGUAAAAUUCUGACUCCCGGCUUGCGUUUGAUUAUUGACCGGGAGAAACGAAAGAAAUUUCGCCGCUUGCCUUAUAAGAAACUCAAGACUCGCCGUCUAUGUGCGCCUGAUUGGGGUCAUGUGCCCGGACGUGGAUUUCGUCGUCUCUUUCGCCUACCCAAGACGUUUGGUAAGGCCCAAGGCAGAGAGAAGGCAAAAGAGAAAACCAAAGAGAAGGCCAAAGAGAAGGCCAAAGACAAAUCUCCCGACAAGUUGGACAGGCAGUUUGUGCUCUAUCCAGAUUCUAAAUAUAUAAAUAUGAUCAAUGCACCACGCAAAGAGCUCAUAUCGGUACAUCAGGGUGGUACGCCUAAAGCGCCCAUUAGAAUCCGCUUCAAUUGUAUCUUCAGACGCGUGACACGUCGACAUCUGCUCAAUAAUAAGAAAAUCGUAUUCAACAGUGGUAGCGAACGUUUUCCGGAACUCGAGAUACGUCCCGUUCAAUUUACGGUCAAACAAUUGGAGGCUUUAAAGAACACACUACCACCUGAGCGCAGACUGCAUGAUCGUCCAGUAACACAAAAGAGCUUGUCUCAAAUCACUUCGCAUCUGUACGAUAUGCCCGCCCACAUGCGUCCAGCUUAUAAGCCAACUUUGCGUAAACGUCUGUUCAAAUUUAAACCACUGCCGGAACCCAAAGUACUGGUGUCCGAGAAAAUAUUGCGCUCCAAGUCCCCGGGUGUACAGUAUUACUACAAUAAACCAGUACUUGCCGAGAACUUCAUGAAAAAUCACAGAAAAAAAGAGCAUUCUCAACCGAACUCAACAAUCGAAAUUAGUAUCGAGGAAAAUACGAAUACCACCGUGGAUCCAGCAACAGAGGAUUAGUUUUAUUUAAUAUGAAGUUGUGUCUUAACAUUUUAUUUGCAACUGUUUUACUUAUACUUCUUACUAUAUGAUAUAUAGAUAUGCUUGGAUAAGUACGAUAAGUAUUUUAUGCUGGAUACUGAGGAGAAUCAUAAAUAAAUUGUACCGUUGUUUGUACCGUUUACACAAGUGAAAAGAGCUGAGAAAGCCACUUGUGUAUCAACAGUACAAAACUACU